AUGGAAAAAUAUAGAGAAUUUUCUGAUAGUUCAACAGGAAUAAAUCCAUUUUUACCUGUAUGGGUUAAUAAAAAAUUAAAUUUUCAUGAAAAGCUAUUAAAAAUACUAUUAUUACCAUUAGUUAUUUGCCGAUUGUGUUUUAUUUGUUUAACAUUAAUUUUUAUGUUUUUUUUAAAUAGCAUGUUAAAAUUGCUUAUAUUUCAGUGUGUUAAAGACUUUUUUAAUCAAAUAAUUCAAACAAUUUACUGUAGAUUAUUAUUAUUUUAUUUAGGAUUUUUUUACUUAGAUGAACAAUAUGCUAGCAACAAAAGACUUAAAAUAAAAUGUAAUAAACAAAAAAUUCCAUUUACAUAUGAUGAUUAUGGUCAUAUAUUUUUAUCAAAUUUUACGUCUUUUGUUGAUAUUUUAUAUUUAGCAUUUCGUUUAAAUCCCUUAUUUAUUGUAAUAAAUAAAAAUGGAAGUUUGUCGCCAGUUUGUUUUUUUGACAUACUUAAGUUAUCGUUACAAUUUUCUAUACCCAAUGAAUUGGGAUUAUUUAAAAAUAUAGAAGAAGUACACAAUUAUGCAAAAAAUGAAAAAAUUCGUAAUGUUGUAAUAUUUCCUGAAGCUAUGAAAAGCAAUGGUUCUUGUAUACUUUUAUGGAAAAAUGAAAUAUUUAUGAAUUCUGAUCAUAUAUUAAAAAAUAAAUGUAACUUAAUAGCAUUUAUAUAUGAAAUUAAUUUAAUUAAUAAAAAAUUAAAUCAAUUCUAUACUUCACCACAUACCGUUUUUCAUCCAUUGAUUCACAUAGCUCUUUUAUGUUUCAAUAUUUACAAUAAAAUUAAAAUAGUAUGGUUAAACGAAAAAGAUAUAUCAGAAUCUCUAAAAGAAAAAGAAUUUGAAAAUAAUGAAGAAUUUGUAAGCAAUUUAAGAAAUUUGAUGGGGCAAAUGAAAUCAAUUGGUGGUAUAUUAGUUAAUGUAAAAGGAGAUAUGCUCGAAAAAUUUGUGAACUACUGGAAUUUGACAAGAAAAAAAGAAUAUUUAUGA